AUGGCAACAAUCGAAGUUCCAGUAUCAAAAGUAAUAAAUACAUCACUAAAUCCCGUACCUCAAUACAUUUUAAGUAUUAUCCCAGCCGUCUUGACAGCAGGUGCUGCACCUAAAACUAAUUUUAUAGAUAAGUUAAUACGGGUAGCACAAUGUCUUAGCUGCCCAUUUAUAGGGUUAUUCUAUACCUGCAACGUAAAGAAUGAUGAAAUAACAACAUACUGGCUCCGCAAAUGUCAUUUUAUGGAGGUAAAAAUUGAAUUAAAGGAGUUAGUUAAAACACAAAUCCCUUAUAAACCGGUUGGACACCACGCUAUGACGAUAAUUAGGCCUGGAAAUAUCGCGAAAUUUAUUGAACAAACCGAGUCAAAUAAAUUCGUUCGAGAAACAUUUAAAGAACUAGCCGAGUCAAAUAAAACCGUGCUAGAAAUACUGGAAGAAGAAUGCGUGGCAAAUGCCUCUGUGCUGGAAAGAUUAUCUUCGCUGACGUUGGCAUACUAUAUAUUGAUCGGCAUAAUUUCCGGAAUCAUGCGGUUGAUCGGGCCAAUCAUUUGUGAAGAUUGGCCAUAUAUACCAUUGGCGUUCUGUUGGACAUUGCCAGCGAUCUAUAGAAGAUCAGUUCAUGGGCGGCUCUUGGUGAAGGAUCCUGAAAUGAAGUUAAAAAACAACAAAAUAUAUGUGAUAAAAAAUGACGACAAUGACAAUGAACUACAAACACAUAUCCGUGUUGUGCUCACGGCUUUAGCAUCAAUUACUGUUCCUUGGAUCUCGGUAUUCCUAGCCUACUUAACACCACCGAUUGGUUUUUAUUGCCGCAGCAAAUAUCUCGCAGUACUUUGUUCUAUAUGGUCAUUAAACAAUCUUGUUGCAUACAUACACCAUUGGGUAGAAGAAAAAAACAAGACUUUUGAUCAUAUAGUUCAUAUUUGGUUUACCGUUUUCGGUGUGAUAGUAGCAAUGCUAUUAUUCGUUUUAGCCCUGCUAAUCAGUGAAACUUCAUGGUGGGUAAGCCUGUUUGGACAAUCUUGCGAUGUGUCGGGCAUAUGCCCAGUUUAG